AUGUAUAUUGUUCUGAUAACAUCUAUAUUGAUCACAGUGUUUGGAAACUUAAUGGUUAUCAUUUCAAUCUCACACUUCAGGCAGUUCCAGACACCUACUAUGUUUUCCUCGGCUGCUACAGAUUUUCUUGUGGGUUUCUCGGUCAUUCCUUACAGUAUGGUGAGAUCCAUUGAAACAUAUUGGUACUUUGGGAGUACAUUUUGCAAAAUCCACUCAAGCUUAGAUAUGAUGAGUACAGCAUCUAUUUUCCAUUUGUGUUUUAUUACAAUUGAUCUCUAUUGUGCCGUAUGUGACCCGUUACACUACCUGACACCUCUUGUAAAUGCUAUUUUUACCACAGUUAGUUUAAUUCCUGCAUUAUUUGCAUUUGGUGUAGUAUUCUCUGAAAUGAAUCUGUGGGGCAUUCAGGAUGUAAUUAUUUCCAAUUCGCGUGUAGGUAGUUGUGUUCAUGUGUUCAAUCACCAGUGGGGAAUAUUAGCUCCAACAAUCGCCUUUUGUAUUCCAGGUGUCAUAAUGCUGGGUAUUUAUAUCAACAUAUAUUUUGUGGCAAGAAAACAUGCCAAAGCAAAUGAAAAUACAAACAAAAGAACUAAUUGUGCAGAAGAAAAUAAACGUCAACGCUCAAGAAGUAAAGAGGUCAAGACAGCAAAAUCAUUAGGGAUAGUGAUAGGAAUCUGCUGGACUUGUUGGAUUCCUUUCUUUAUAACUCCUGUCAUUGAUCCAAUGAUAAAUUUUUCCACAUUACCAAUCAUAUUUGAUGCAUUUGUAUGGUUUGGGCAUUUUAAUUCUGCUUUCAACCCAAUACUAUGUGCUCUCUUGCACCCCUGGUUUUGA